GGCGCGGACAACAUUGAUGCAUCUUACUGGGUUAAGAAUCUUCUUCAACCAGUCAGGUUUGCGGAUGCGAUUGAGAGUAUUUUCUCGACGGGCGACAACAAAAUCGACGCUGGGCAACGUAGUGCUGCGUUGCCAAAUGUAAUCGUGGAGGUCGGCCCACAUUCUGCUCUUCAAAAUCCUAUCAAACAGAUAGUAGAAGUACUCCGCCAGCGGAAUGACCAACGUCUGUCACAAUUUACCUACCUUGCCUCUUUAGUACGUGGAAAGAGCGGCGAUGAAACUCUUCUUGGCCUGGCAGGGAGUCUGUUCUCUAUGGGGUCUUCAAUUAAACUGGCGAUGGUCAACCAACUUGACCACCACAACGCCCAUGUUCUCACUGAUCUUCCUCCCUAUGCGUGGGAUAAGUCAGUGAGAUACGUGCAUAAGUCACGCAUCAUGCGGGAGAAGUUGCAUCCUGGUCAAUCUUUUUCGCAGCUUCUUGGAAGCAAGUCUCUGUACAGCAACAGCAGUGAGCCCACUUUCAGACAGGUAUUCACUCUUGAUGAUAUUCCAUGGAUUCGAGAUCACAAUGUAGGUGGGCAUGUCAUAUUUCCAAUGACAGGCUAUCUGUCGAUGGCUAUUGAGGCACUGAGGAGAGUGAGUCCCAAGAUCCCAGAAAGCAUACUUGUACGCGAAUACCACGUCAAACGCAGCUUAGAUAUCGAAGAAGGUAAACAUAUCGAUAUCACAACAAAGCUCAGGCCAAUUACAACUGGAACGGAAAGCUUUUCCACCACAGCUUGGGUGUUUGAGAUCAAUUCUUGGACAGAAACGAAUGGAUGGACGGCACACUGCCAUGGCCAAGUAGAGGCAGAGGCGAGCGAAAUGGCCAUGGAAAGUCCAACUUUCAAAGUAUCAGCACCGCUCAUUGGUGGCGAGAACCUCAAAGAGCGUGAUGCAAAACUUAUAUACAGUAACCUAGGACAGGGAGGGACGCUCUACGGCCCUUCUUUUCAAGCCAUGCGCAAAUACUGGGAAGGGCCCAGCUGGACAGUUCUGGAAACUGAGCUGCGCGAUCUUGAUCUGUCGCCACCUGGGCCCUUUGGAAUCUCGAACAAGAUUGAAGCCGUCCAAAAGCAGCGCUUCACCAUUGUUACUCGCUUGCUUGGUAACGAUACCAGAGCCGGUAGGCUGCGUAGCAGCAUCGCUGUGUUUUUGCAUAGCCACGGCUCACUGAGGCCACUCGCCGAAUGGGAGUCGGUGACAUAUCGAUCUAUCUCAUCGUCGGACACCGGGGAUUCAGUCUCCAGCCUGCCAGCAGGCUACUGCUGGGACUUGAUACCUAGUUUGGAUUUCGUCGAUAACGAAUAUGCAGCUAAGAUGGUGACGGUUAAAUCCGAUACACUCGAAAUUGCACGCCAGCACCGGCGUAAAGUGAACAGAGCCGGUGUCUAUUACAUGAAUCGGGCAUUGAAAGAAACGGCUGGAGAAGACCUUUCUCACCUACCAUCUCACCUUCUUCGCUAUUUGAACUGGUCCAAGAAAGUUGUUGCCCGCGAAAAUUUGGCUUUCGACAGUGAGCCAACGUCUUUGCUGACCGAAGUACUCACCUCCGACGCCCAAGGUGAAAUGCUCUGUGCUGUAGGUGAACAACUCGUCCAAAUCUUGCGCGGUGAAGUGCAACCACUGGAGAUCAUGCUCAAGGAUAAUCUUCUCAUGCGAAACUAUGAGCAAGAGGCGGCUACUACACAUUCUAGCCGAGCCUUGGGUAGAUUUGUCCGUCAGCUGUCGGAUAUCAAGCCCGACUUGCGCGUGCUGGAAAUUGGUGGCGGUACAGCUAGCGCCACACUGCCUGUCCUGGAUGAAUUAUCCCGUGGGGGGCAAGAUUUGCCUGCGUUUCUCACCUAUACCUUCACAGAUAUAUCGACCGGCUUCUUUGAAAAUGCUCGAACAAAGCUGGCUAAGUGGGCGAAAAGUAUCAUAUACAAGAAACUUGACAUUAGUCAAGAUCCAGUGCAGCAAGGCUUCGCCAUCGAGCAGUAUGACGUGGUUAUUGCUUCGAACGUCUUGCAUGCAACUCCAAAUAUUGCAACCACGCUUGAUCAUGUUCGAAGCCUUCUGAAACCUAAUGGCAAGCUGCUCUUGAUGGAGGCUAUCAUCCACCCAUCUCUUUCUUUGCCUUAUUCCUUGCUUCCAGGCUGGUGGCUUUCCGAGGACGAGUACCGAGACCAUGAGGAAGGACCACUUCUAUCGGAGGAGAAGUGGCAGACUGUCCUCACUGCAGUGGGGUUUUCAGGAGUAGAUGCCGCCAUUGCUGACUAUCCAGGGACUUCUGAGCAUGUAAUCAGUAUAAUAUGCUCCACAAGGAUAGGCACGCGGGAAGAUUCUCAUAACGCAAGAUCAAUAACCAUUUGCGGUCUCUUUAUGGACGACGACGAAGAAGAGUUUGCACAGAUGGUCUCUGACCAUGUCACUCAGCACCUUAAUUGCCCCUCAGAAGUUAAACCUUUCGCUGAAAUGGAUGCCGAGGAUAAGCGAUUGUGCAUCUUCAUCGAUUCCCCGCGCUAUAGUGUAUUAGGUGACCUCUCGGCGGAGAACUUCGAAAUCAUAAAGAAUACUCUUUUAGAGACAGAAGGAUUAUUGUGGGUUGUUCCAGAAGGUUGUCCUCCCGAAGCCGAAUCAAUCAAAGGCCUGCUACGCUCCGUGCGCCACGAAACCGAAUCAAAGAAUCUACUCGUUUUGGAAAAGACGCCUUGCACGUCGGAAGGCGCUCUAGCCAUAGCUCAGGUCGCUGGACGAUUAGAAGAUCUGGAACUUGCAAAUUCAGCAGGCAUAACCGACCAGGAUUUUGUUUGGCAUAAUGGCAUAAUCCAUCUACCUCGCUUUCGACAACUCGAGGGAGCGACAGAUGUAUUUGCGUCAGAGGCAGGAAUUGCAGUCCGAAAGAUGCAAAACGUCUGGCAAAACGAAAGGUCACUCGAGAUGACAGUUGACGUUGCAGGUAGUCCUGACUCUAUAUAUUUUCGCGAGAACGAUGUGAAGACAAAGCCUUUGAGUGAUGAUGAGGUCUUGAUCCGAGUUGUGGCUGCAGGAGUGAACUUUCGCGAUCUUCUUCUUGUUCUUGGUUCAAUCCCAUGGACGAGACCCGGUUUUGAGGGGGCUGGCGUAGUUACCCAGACGGGUUCCGGCGUGGGAGAUUUGAAACCCGGAGAUCGCGUCUUCUAUGGGUCACUUGCAGGAGGAUCCUUGGGGACCUUCGUCCGGCUGGCCUCAUAUCGAGUGUUGAGAAUUCCAAAUGACAUGAGCAGCACGGAUGCCGCAAGCAUUCCAGUCGCAUACUCCACCGCCAUCUUUGCAAUCAUACGCAUUGGACGGCUUAGGAAAGGCGAGAGCGUACUCAUUCAUGCUGCUUCUGGUGCAGUUGGCCAGGCGUGCAUUGUGCUAGCACAGUACAUUGGAGCUCGUAUCUUCGCUACAGCUGGUACUCCUGCAAAAAGGGAGUUCCUCCGCGAGACCUAUAGUCUCCCUGAGGAGCAAAUAUUUUCCAGCCGCACCCCGACAUUUAGAGAAGGAAUUCUCAACGCAACCGACAGCCAAGGGGUCGACGUGAUCGUCAAUUCUCUAAGCGGGAACCUGCUGCAAGAGACUUGGGACUUGAUCGGAGACUUCGGUCGAUUUGUUGAAAUAGGCAAGAGAGACUUGCUUCAGAACAGCUACUUGGGUAUGAGACCCUUUGAUCGUAACGUGACUUUCAGUGGCGUCGAUCUCCGCACACUCUUUGAUCGGCGACCAGAGGAGGAGAAAGAGUGUCUGGCCGAACUUAUUAAUCUGGUUCAACGAAAGAUUAUUGUGCCUAUUCGCCCAGUAACCGCAGUAUCCAUAUCUCAACUAGCUAUAGGUCUACGCAAGCUUCAAUCUGGCCAAAAUAUAGGCAAGAUUGUCGUCACGAUGGGUCCGGAAGACUCUGUGCUGGCUGAUUGCCCCCCAACGCUAAGUGUACCGUAUGGUCAGCUGCUGCGUCCUGAUGCAACAUACCUGAUCACUGGUGGUACGGGCGGUAUCGGCAUUUCCCUAGCAUCAUGGAUGGUCAAAAAUGGAGCCCUAAAUGUUGUGUUGCUCGGUCGCAGUGGCUCAUCACGUCCCGAGGUCAAGAAGCUGUUAGAGAAAUAUGAGGGCACUGACGUCCAAAUGAGAGCUGUUGCUUGUGAUGUCGGCUCCCGAACGGAGCUUGUCAACGCUUUACAGUCAAUCAAAGACCUCCCACCUGUUCAUGGUAUAGUCCAUGGCGCGCUUUACCUCCGGGACUCACUCUUAGUAAAUGCAACAUACGACGACUGGCAAAAUAUCACAAGACCUAGAGUUCAGGGUGCCUGGAAUCUCCAUGAGUUGUUAGAGGAUGUCGACUUCUUCAUUGCACUCUCUUCGUUUGUUGGAGCUGCCGGGAACUUGGGGCAAGGGAUCUACGCAGGCACAGCGACCUAUUUCGAUGCUUUCGCGCGUUAUAGAAUCGCCUGCGGUAAACCAACUGUUGCAAUGGCCUUGCCGGUUGUGCUAGAUAUCGGCUAUGCUGCCGAAAAAGGCUUGACUGAAGCUUUGAAGCUUUCGUUGGGUGCGACAUUGACAGAAGCUGAUCUCCAUACUGCUGUCAAGGGUGCGAUUAUUGGCCCUUCUUCCAACCUGAAUGAGGACGGCAGCGCCAUUGCAUUCCGUUUCUCAUCAGGGGAAGACCCAAACACACUAGGCUGGCAAUAUUACCACCCACUUGCCCUCGCAGAGCGUGUUAAUGCCAAGAAGCGUAAUUCCGAGAUUAGUCUCGAUGAAGACGAUGAUACGGCCUUGAACGGAUUACGACUUGCUAAUAGCGGUGAUCCUCUCCUUGCUUUGUUGGAUGCCCUUAUGGAUAAAGUUUCUUCUAUCACGAUGAUAGAAAGGGAUGAGGUGGAACCGGAUGCGCCGCUUGCAGCCUACGGCCUAGAUUCUUUAGUGUCUGUAGAGCUGCGCAAUUGGAUUCGGAGGGAAACUGGCGUCGAAACUCCACUGCCUGCCAUAACACGUGCAGAGAAUCUUCGAGCUUUAGCCACGUAUAUUCUCUCCCAGAGGGAGACGAGCCGCAAGUCGUAG